GCAUCUGUAUGGGGGGGGGGGGGUAGGACCGGCCUUGUCACUCGUGCUGAACACGGCAGGCCAGAAUAGCGGAGGUCGGGGCGGGGGAGGCACUUUGACGUGUGAAGCCUUGUGAUGGAGAGAGAAAGAAUGGCUUGGCAUCAAUACGCCCCCUCCGCCGUGUUCCUUCACAUUUUGCCCUGCAUCGCCUUGGUGCAGUGCCCCCCCAACACACACACACACAACCUCGCUUCGGCGACCGCAGACAGCCACGCCCAUCCCGUCCCCAAUCGCGGAUGGAGCUCCGCCUCCUCUGCAGUGGAGCCGCGGCGAGCAAUGGAGGAGCCGGCAGCGCAGCACCGCAGAGUAGACGGCUCGUGGCGAGGAAGGCAGGAUGGAGGGAAGGCUGCUUGGAAGAACGAAAGCUCCAUCUCCUCGCUCCUGAAACAUUCUUGUCUUCUCUGCUGGUCGUCUCCCAGGCAAGCUGACGUCGCGGAAACGGACGAGCGAGUCCUCGGCAAGUCAUCCGAGAUCAGAGUAAGAAGACCGCAGCACCUCGCGCUGGAGUUGGAGAAUGCGGUCACGGUGGAGAAUCUGGAGCUGCAGGAGCAGCAGUCAGACCGCAAGGAGCUGGAGGAGACGCUGCUCAAAUUAGCCAAACACAAAGAGAAGCUCAUUCAGCAGAUAAAAGAGAUCCGGCAGCUCUGCUAUGAAGAGAGUCAACAGAUCUUGUCUCUGCAGGCCGAAGAGGUUCAGAGGGAGAGUCAGGUUGAGGAGUACGAGCGAGAGCUCGCCAGAGCCAGAUGGAGGCUGAGGAAGCUCAAAGAGGAGGUGAAACAGGCCAAAAGAAAGAUGGAGGAGGCGGGAGAGAGGAACUGUCCUCUCCAGGAUUCCAUUCGACAGUCCUAUGAAGAAAUCUUGCAGGAAGAGCACACGCUUUGUUCUGUGUCAGGUGGCGCCGUCACUCCCGAGAGCCAGCUCGAUGACUCGACAUCUCCCGCCGACACCGCCGAGGAUGAACCGCUUCCGAUGAGACCGUGGGGGAGGAGCCAAUCGCUGCCCGCGUACGCCGACCUCAUCAUGGUAGCCAACGGCGCGCCUUUCUGCAAUAAUUUAGCGGAUACCAGAGAAGAGGUCGACGACAGUAGCAGCAGCUCACCCAAGAUGGACAGAUCCAACCUGGAAGACGAUCCGGAAGACGUUGAGGAAGAAGGGGGAGUCGAGGAAGCGUCCGUUCUCACCAAGCUGGACUUCUAUCAAGCCGACCCCUUUGCGCAUUGUGACGCAGGCCAUGAGCUAUUCCACGAAGACCUUUUCCUCACAACGGACGCAUCGGAUGGAUUCGCGUCAGACCCUUUCAAAGGCAGCGACCCCUUUGCGGCCGACGUUUUGUUUCCCGAGCCGAACGUCACCGGCGAUGAAGUCUGCGACGAGGUCGGCACCGGUCCGCCCGGUGCUGAAAACAAAUCUUCGGCGGGGACGCAGUGUUUCGAAUCGGAGUUUCCCGACGAAGAGAGCGACUUCGAGAUCGGCGAUAGUCCCGAGGAUCUGGAAGCCGCGCCCGAGGCGGACGAUCGCUCGGGAUUUUUUCAGCCCAUCCGGAGUUCAUCUGAGGAGCUGGGCCCGGGGCCCGACCCGAGCUGGCGUUCGCGGGGUCACUGCUCCGUGGAAUCGGAUCCCAACGGCUACGAGCUGGACCUCGGCGCCGUCUCCCCGCCCUCUCACAUCCAAGAGCGCGAUCGCGCGUCUCCAGCUGGAGAAUUUGAGGCCGCUGCUCAAGUGGAGGGAGGGAACGGCGCCCCCGAGCUUGUUGCCGAAGCCUUGUUGGGGCCGGGCGGGAACGACCGCGCUCGGCCUCUUGACGCCGAUCCCGAAGGAGCGGCGCAUUGGAGCAGUGACAUCCAAGAGGAACAACCGGGAAGCCCCGCUGACUCCCCCAGAUUCCCAGAUUCCGGACCCGAGUCACCGGACACCGACCUGAACUUGGACUAUGAACCAACAAGCCGGUCUUCCUUCGACCCGUACGGCUUCAAGCUCAGUCCGGAACACUCCAGUCGAAGCCUCUUCGACCCCGAUGAAACCGAGCUGAGCCCGCUAUCCGGCGACCAAGAUCUGUCUUUCGACCCGGAGCGCUGCUCCGGUCGAGCGGAGCCCCUGAGCUUCUACGCGUAUGAAAUGGCCUCUUCCCGGGCGGCGCCGGGCUCGGAUCCCUACGGCUUUAAGCUCAGCCUUGAAGAAGAGAAUCAGGAGGUGCCCGAACCCUGCGGCCACGAUAGCACGGAAGACGCGGCGCCCCCUGGCGGCUCGGACGAGAAAGACAAAGGAGAGGCCUUGAAGUCGAGCGAUCGAGAAGCACUUUGGCUUCUUCCCUGCGAAAACCAAGAAGUGCUCGAUUUGCGUGGCGACGACCGCAAAGAACCGUCGCGUGCCUUUCAAAGCGCAAACCGAGAGGGGCCGCAAUCGUCAUCUCUGGUCACCGGCGAAAAUGUGAAGUCGGUCGGCGCGGAGAAUCGGGACUUCUUGAAUCUUUGUAGUAGUCCCGAAAACCAAGAAGUGGUUGACUUUCUGAGUGACCGAGAAGUCGACCGCCGCGACGCCGAUAAUCAACAAGUCCUCGACUUCUGCCGCCGCCGCGACCCGCGGCCGCUCGAUCUCACCCGCACGGAGAAUCGGGAAGUGUUGGAUUCCGACGGCCGCGGUGACGAAGAGGCCGGCGAAAAUGGGCGGGUGCUCCUUUUCGGUGGCCGCGGGAACCGGGCCACGCCCACCCGCGAUGGGAGGGGAGAUGACGAGCCGCUCGACUCGGACGACCACGACAACCAGGAAGUGCCGGACCCGACCGUAGACGGCCCUGGCGCGGAAAGCGACGACGAUCGCCGCAUCCUCAAACCAGAGUCGAAGAGCAGCGCCAGCGAUAGUAGCUCGGACGGCGACGCGGCAUCGGAAGAGCCGCUCGGAGGGCGACCCGCGGAUGAUCCUUGCCAUGGCAGCGUGCCGCGGGGUGAUCUGGCUUUGGCGUUUGGGGCCGGGGGCUACGUUGGCUGUCCCGAUGUAGCCGAGGACCUCCGACCUCUCCGCCGCAGACACGCUCGCGUCGGAGCGCCCGUCAGACCUCCCCGGCCUUCGCUCAGGGCAAAGGAGAAAGCGGAGUCGCCGACUCAGGGAAUCGACCUGAAAUGAUCAAUCGAUCAUCCCACCCGAUCAAUAAAUCGACGAGGACUGAGAUCGGAUGAAUGACUUGGAAAAGGGAACCGAAGAGCUGGACCGAAGCGGUUCUGAGCGCAGAUUGACGGUAAACUAAGAACAAGGAGGGGCCUGCUUGCUGAGCGAUCUGACGACGUACGCUCCGGCUCGAUUUUGGAGUACCUGACGGUCGUUUUGGGGGCUCGCUCACUCGCUCCAGAGAGUUUGGGAGGAACUGUUUUCGGCCAAUAGUGAAGUGAAACAUAUGAUCUCUUUUCAUCCAGCAUCUGCCGCCGCCGCAUGUUUGAGCUUUUACGGCCCACGCAAGGCCAAUUGGGCCACUGGUGGAGAAAAAAAAAACAAGUUCAAUAAGAUUAAGAUUAAUGUUAGAGCAGGUAGAAGUCGACUUCUUUCCAAAUCAAAUGUAUGUACAGUACACGAGGCUGCAUUUUAUCCCUUACGUCAAUUAUCUUAGUGAGUCGGUGAGUUAGUUGACGAAUGACUAAAAAAAAGAA